AGCCCGGGAUCGAACCCCAUCCAGGGUUUUAACUACACCCAGCACUGCUUAUCUUUAAUAUGUCACUGACUACUACCAAUAUGCUAUUGUGAGAAUUAUUAUUGAGAGAUCUCUUAAUAACAAAAUAUAUUCCGUGUUAAUAUCGAAGUCAUUCUAAGGGGUAGGUUUGACAAAGCAAAUGAGUGAGUCUUUGACAUGAAGACAGUGGUUAGAUUCUGCCAUUGGGACUGCUCUGAUGUUGUUUCCAUUCUCUCCUGGUUAUGACCAUAGAGCCUUGUCCCAGUCUCUAGACCUGCCUGUCUGUGUGGUGGAUGACCACCUGACCUCUGAAGCUGUCAAUGAGAUGGAGCAGAGCAAUUCUACCAGGAGCAGAGCAACCUCAGUGAUGGAAACCACAGAAGAGGGGAAGCUCAACAAUGUAGAACAUCUGACACUUAUGGACUUCCUUCAAAACCUAACUGAGAAGCAAUGGAGGGGGAUUCGUGAGGGCAUGUUUGACCCGCUGACAAAACAACAGCUUGCCGGCUUGUGUCUGAGGAUUGUCCAGUUUUUAUCGGACAAGCUGAUGCAGAUCAUCAUCCCAGGUCUUUACGAACUACUGGGCAUCCAAGAUGCUGCCUCCUCUCCAUUGUCACAGAGAUCUCUCACAGCGUCACUCACCAGUCUGUUAGACGAUAAGGUUAACACCAAGUCCCGCGUGAGAUUUACUGAGGCUGGUGUACCUAAGAGGCCAGGCAGUCGAAAGUCUUACAAUAGCUUUCGCAUGCCGACUCCCUACCCUUCCUCCAACUGUGUGGAGCAGGAAGAGGAAGAAGAGCAGGAAUCACAACAACUUAAGUUCAAGGAGAUUUACCUGACUAAGGGCAGUGGAAGCUACCUGCCCAAUGGGGCCAUGAGGACUCUAACCUCUCUGUCUGAUGUGCAGAAGAAAACAACCGACUCUGAGACGCUACAAGUCCUCUUAGGUGUCUCAGAGGACACCCUCGUCACCUGUGUGCAGGACAGCCUGCAAGGUUCUCUCUCCAAACUUGCAUGCAUGUCCAAUUCUCCAUCUGGAAGUGCAGGCUCUAUGAUGCUAACCCCUGCUGUAAUGGCAGAGUUGGCUAAAGAUGUCAAGUCGGCCUUAUCAGUGGUCGUUAAGAGUGCCUCCGCUAGCCAAACCUCUCUAGUGACACCGGUAAGGGGAGACUCACAGACCAAGGUGACUGAGAGCAUGGUGAGAGAGCAGGCUGCUAAACUUGAAAAAGUUGACCAAGAGAGCAAGAGUCUAACAGGGCAAGUCAUGACCACCAUCUCUGACACAAUGGUGGCUUUUGUUGAUGAGAACGAACAGAAUUUGCUGGAAGAUCUGAAGGACAAGAUCACAUUUUUGGCAUCGCAUGUUGGCUUCAUUGAGGAUCUUGAUGCCCUGAUAAGGAAAUACGAGAGCAGCUACAAAAUUAGUGAAUCUAGUUCCUCGUGCACGCUCACAUCUAAGAGCAUCCAAAAACUUGUUAAGACUUUCGUGUCAGAUAUGAAGUCCUUGGCUGAAUCUGAAGAGAGUCCCCAACAGAAGAGUGCCUGGUCUGCUGCUGUUCACAUUUACCACAGCAUCCAAAAUAACUUGAAAGAUUAUUUCGGCAAGCUUCAGGGAUGUACCUUAAAGAGCAUUGUCACAUCUGAUGACAACAUCACAAAUGCUGAGUUUAAGGAGACAGUUCCAUUUCCUUGCUUAAACAUGAAAUAUAGGCCCAGUAAGAGUGAGCCUCAGUUGCCAGAGUCCACUAGUGCAGUUACUUUACAAAGAGGCCUAAGUGAGAGCUCAAAACUUCUUUGGGAAAAAACUGAGUCAGAAGAAAGCAAGCUCCUUCUGACAACUUGCACCAAAGAAGUCAUCUCAGAGCUUCUGGUCUUGUACAACACUGAGAUGUCAAAGGAGGACCCCUGUACACUGUUGGAGAAAAGGAUCAGGCUUCUCUUUUGA